CCGCUGUCCGCGCUGGAGACCACAGCACCGCACAGGCAGCGCCUGUCCUCCGCGCCUCCGGAGCCUCCUCCAGCCUGCGCGCCGGGCGGAUCGCACGGGCCAUCUCCCACGGCGACCUACGGCUCGCCCUGCAGGAUGUUGGCGACAGGAUACAUGGGAAAUUGAAGCCACUGGAUAUGCCUGGGGUGUGACUGAGCAUCAGAAGCAUCUGAGAGAAGUUGCUCUCAGGGGAGCACUAGACGGUGGAGUCCAUUGAGCCAGAGUCUGCCUUGGAACCGGCUUUAUCAGCGGCUCAGCCCAGAGGUUCUUACUGGGAAGCCAAUAAAAGAAGACAGUUAAGGCACCAGCAGUGCCAGCGGGGCUGACAGACUGCAGCAAAAGAACAGAGGCCAGGCCACUGAGAAGCAGUUGUAAUGGUACAGCCAAGCUAGAAGACUCUGACACGAGGCAAAGGAAGUUUGGACACAUCAUCAGUGGCCAGAGCUUUCCGAGUCUCGUCCGAUCCGAGGGAGAUGGACUGAAGCCACAGACUGUCUGGUUCUUUGUCUGGGAGUUGGAAGGAGGAUUGGGAUGGUCUCACGUGCACAUCCCUAGACUAAUUGCAACCAUGAGUUCAGACGAGAAGGGCAUAUCCCCUGCUCAUAAAACAUCCACUCCGACCCACAGAAGUGCCUUGUCGUCAACAUCUUCUCAGAGGGAAAGCAGACAGAGCAUCCACGUUCUGGAGAGAACUGCUUCAUCCAGCACGGAGCCCUCCAUCAGUCGGCAGCUGCUAGAGCCGGAGCCCAUCCCCCUCUCCAAGGAAGCUGACAGCUGGGAAAUUAUAGAAGGGCUGAAAAUAGGCCAAACCAAUGUCCAGAAACCAGACAGGCACGAGGGAUUUAUGCUGAAGAAGAGAAAAUGGCCUUUAAAGGGCUGGCACAAGCGCUUCUUUGUCCUGGAUAACGGAAUGUUAAAGUAUUCAAAGGCGCCACUUGACAUCCAAAAAGGGAAAGUCCACGGGAGCAUAGAUGUAGGACUGUCUGUCAUGUCGAUUAAAAAGAAGGCUCGGAGAAUAGACCUCGACACAGAGGAGCACAUCUAUCAUUUGAAGGUGAAAUCCCAGGACUGGUUUGAUGCCUGGGUCUCCAAACUGCGCCACCACAGGUUGUACCGUCAGAAUGAAAUCGUGAGGUCACCGAGAGACGCCAGUUUCCACAUAUUUCCUGCAACGUCAACAGCUGAGUCCUCCCCAGCCGCUAAUGUCUCUGUUGUGGAUGGAAAGAUGCAGCCUAGCAGCUUUCCAUGGCAGUCCCCCUUACCAUGCAGUAACAGCCUCCCUGCGACCUGCACGACUGGGCAGAGUAAGGUGGCAGCCUGGCUGCAGGACUCAGAAGAAAUGGACCGGUGUGCGGAAGAUCUUGCACAUUGCCAGUCAAACCUUGUGGAACUUAGCAAGCUCCUGCAGAACCUGGAGAUACUUCAGAGAACUCAGUCGGCUCCUAACUUCACUGACAUGCAGGCUAACUGUGUAGAUAUUUCAAAGAAAGACAAGCGGGUCACAAGACGCUGGAGGACAAAAAGUGUCAGCAAAGAUACAAAAAUACAACUGCAGGAAGGGCCACCUGCGAAGGGCCAGUUCAACACAACUCGGCGCCGGCAGAGGCUAGCGGCAGCGGUGGCUACAACAGUUCCUUUCAGCGCCACCAUGUCACCCGUGCGUCUGCACUCCUCCAACCCCAACCUUUGUGCAGACAUUGAGUUUCAGACCCCUCCUAGCCACCUCACCGACCCUCUGGAAAGUUCCACAGAUUAUACCAAGCUACAAGAAGAAUUUUGUCUAAUUGCGCAGAAAGUGCAUUCUCUUCUGAAGUCUGCGUUUAACAGCAUAGCUAUAGAGAAGGAGAAGCUGAAGCAGAUGGUUUCGGAGCAAGAUCACAACAAAGGCCACAGCACACAGAUGGCCAGGCUCCGACAGUCGCUGUCACAGAGUGAAGGAGCCGGCAAAUCCUGGGCACUUAACCAGAACGCUGAGCUCCGGAGUCGACUGAACAGAAUACACUCGGAGUCUACCAUUUGUGAUCACGUUGUCAGUGUAAAUAUUAUCCCUAGCCCUGAUGAGCCUGGUGAGCAGAUCCACGCCAACCUCCCCCUGUCACAGCAGGUGGUCAACGAGAGCCGCCUCUCCAUGUCGGAAUCCGUGUCAGAGUUCUUCGAUGCCCAAGAGGUGCUCCUGUCUGCGAGUUCAUCGGAGAAUGAGGCUUCCGAUGACGAGUCCUACAUCAGCGACGUGAGUGACAACAUAUCUGAGGACAACACCAGUGUCGCCGACAACAUUUCUCGGCAAAUCCUGAAUGGGGAGCUCACAGGAGGCGCCUUCCGCAAUGGCCGUCGAACCUGCCUGCCUGCUCCUUGCCCGGACACUAGUAACAUUAACCUGUGGAAUAUCUUGAGGAACAACAUUGGCAAAGACCUGUCCAAAGUCUCCAUGCCCGUGGAGCUCAACGAGCCACUCAACACUCUGCAGCACCUCUGUGAGGAAAUGGAGUACAGUGAGCUCCUGGACAAAGCCUCGGAGACCGACGACCCCUAUGAGAGGAUGGUUCUCGUCGCUGCCUUUGCAGUCUCAGGGUACUGUUCCACCUACUUCAGAGCAGGAAGUAAGCCGUUCAAUCCGGUCCUGGGGGAGACCUAUGAGUGCAUAAGAGAAGAUAAGGGGUUUCGGUUCUUCUCGGAACAAGUUAGCCAUCAUCCACCCAUUUCUGCCUGUCACUGUGAAUCCAAGAACUUUGUGUUUUGGCAAGAUAUCAGAUGGAAAAAUAAAUUCUGGGGAAAGUCAAUGGAAAUCCUGCCCGUCGGAACCCUGAAUGUCACGCUUCCAAAGUACGGAGAUUACUAUGUGUGGAAUAAAGUCACCACGUGUAUACAUAACAUCCUCAGUGGGAGGAGAUGGAUCGAGCAUUACGGCGAAGUAACCAUUAGAAAUACCAAAAGCAGUGUUUGCAUUUGCAAGCUCACAUUCGUCAAGGUGAAUUACUGGAACUCCAACGUGAAUGAAGUCCAGGGGGUGGUGAUAGACCAGGAGGGGAAGGUGGUGCACCGACUGUUUGGGAAGUGGCACGAAGGACUCUACUGCGGGGUGGCCCCCUCGGCAAAGUGCAUCUGGAGACCAGGUUCUCUGCCAACCAACUAUGAGCUCUACUAUGGCUUUACGAGGUUUGCCGUGGAGCUCAACGAGUUGGAUCCAGUCCUUAAGGAGCUCCUUCCUCCCACAGAUGCCCGAUUCCGGCCAGAUCAAAGAUUUUUGGAAGAAGGGAACCUAGAAGCUGCAGCUGCAGAGAAACAAAGAGUUGAGGAACUCCAGAGAUCGAGAAGACGCUACAUGGAGGAAAACAAUCUUGAGCACAUACCAAAAUUUUUUAAAAAAGUUAUUGACGCAAAUCAAAGAGAAGCCUGGGUUUCUAACGACACCUACUGGGAACUUCGAAAGGACCCUGGGUUUAGCAAAGUAGACAGCCCUGUUCUUUGGUAAACUGGAGACGUAGAGCUAGCCAAUACACCACACUCGGAAUGAAUAACUAUGCACAAUUAUGUUUCUUAUAGCUACGCGUGGUUUCUGGGUCGACUGAAAACCUCCCAUUUGCUUUUCUAUUCAUCUUUAUAAUGGAUUUUCAAAAGUGCAUUAGACAAGGCUCCUAACCACUUUUGGAUCCUUUCUGUUUUGCUGCAACCAUAUUCCUUAAAACAAACAAACAAAUAAAUAAAUAAAACCCAUGCCCUCCUCCGAAAGCAGACUAAAAGAAGGAGAAUAUACAAUCCAAAGUCCGGAGAGCUGGAAAAGAAGGUGAAAAACCUGUACUGUGUGCUUCAAGCGGAUCAGGAGAGUCUAAAACGAUACACAGACCACAUGUUCCGUCUGCUGUCCGAAUACGUCAUCCCGAAUCCUUAGGAGCUCCUGGGCCAUAGUGGGUUAGUUCAGACUUGAAGUGUGUUCUUUUGAUGUGGUGUGCUUGUUCUCAGCCUCGUCAGAAUAGACGUUGAUGCUUCCCAAAACCCAUCCCAUCUUUACAACAUUGUUCAUGCCUUAAGAAACGCAGAGAUGUACAAUAAACUGUUUUUUAAAUGUGUGCUCAUAGGUGUAUGUGAAGGGCAGAUCGUUAGAAUCCCGGCAUGACUCACUUUCUUGGUCAGAGCAUUGAUUCAGCUGAUAUGAGGACUAAAUGGGGAAAAGCACGCUUUCCCUUGCUAAGUCAGUUCUGGUGUGGUGGAUCUGAGGGGCAAGAGGGCUAAGGUACUGUAUACGAAGUAGAUCUCUGUAUCCAGGUCGUUCUUUGAGUUCCUGUCCUGUGUCCAGACAGUAAAUCAUCCCUCCUCUGUCUGACCUCACAGUGUGCCCUGGUAUUUGGCAAAAAUUGUAUGUGAUUUGGACACCGGUAAUCAGUGUUAAACUUCAGUAGGAAGCAACAGACACCAGUUUCUGCCUGGGCUGGGUGAUACCAUAACGUACCAUUUUUGAGUGGCACACAAGGCCAUGCAGCACAUCCCUGACUCAUGCCCAACGCUUGACACUGUUCAGAUUCCACAGAGAACAAAGGCUUGUUUGCAUUUUGUAAAUGGAUCCUAUGCAAAAUCAUCUUCCUUUUUUUUUUUAAACCAAGCAGUUCCAUAUGUUACACGGUUACAUAUUAAUCAUCUGCCUUGCUAAGGGCAGAUAUAUAAAUCUUAGGCUUAAAAAAAAAUUAUCCAUCCCAAAGGUGGGGGCGGGCAAGACGUGUUUUGAAUCCUUCCAGUUUUGUUUUUCCUCCACAGGCACACAGACGCUUUUGUAGGAAGCCUGCAUUGGCAUUUUUAAGUUCCUGCAUGUACAUGACUAUAUAAACGCCUGUAUGUUUAAAAAAACUCUCUAGGGGGCUUCCUAGUGAAUUAGAAAAUUACAUAUAUUUUAUCGUUAGUUAGAGUUUUAUUCUUAGAUUCUUACCAUCUGAAUUUAAGUGUUACUUUAGACUCUGAUAACAAGAUUAGUGACAUUUUCUAUUUUGUUAAGAGGUAUAAAUCUUGGCGUUAUUUCUCUCCCCACAAAGCAUUCCUAAUAAUGGCUAACUCACCAUAGAGCCCAAAGCUGCUGCGAACAUGGAGGAAAAUUCAGAAUUUCCCCCAAAUUCAUCUCCCCUUUCCCGUAAGUCCGUGCACCAUGCACACAGCUGACAGUCACUGGAUUGGAACUUCACUCUCCUUAAAAGUUUCCUAAGGCAGAGGCAGAGGCAGAGGCAGAGGCAGAGGCAGAGGCAGAGGCAGAGGCAGAGGCAGAGGCAGAGGCAGAGGCAGAGGCAGAGGCAGAGGCAGAGGCAGAGGCAGAGGCAGAGGCAGGGGCAGGCUUUGGGCUCACCCAGCUCUCUCCUUGUGCUCCUAGGUGGCUCGCCCUGCAGUUGUAAAACCUCCUCCCUUGUCAUGGACGGCUUUUUUCUCUGUUCAACUGAUGCUCUUUUACCUGUGCAUCUCUAGUUAUGUCUGAUUUUAUAUUGAAUUAGGACUUAAUCACAACCUUAGGGACUUCCUCACAAAAGUCAGUUCUCCUCCAUCAGAUAAGGCUUACGGUAUGAUUUAAAGUGGGUCUCGCCCUUACUUACUAGUGUCUGACUAAAGGGCCUUACAACCGCCUAAAUAAGAAAAGAAUCCUGCAGAAUAGAGAGACCACGAGGCAGAAGGUGCUGUGUCUGAAACACAACAGGGGGUGUCCUUUAGCAAAGGGCAGAAGGCCCAGGACUCAGCAGGGAAGCGACCACAGCACCCAGGGUUUGGAUUAUCUGAGAUGAAAGGAGAGACAACAGAUAAGGCCUUUGUAGACAGAUAGUAAGGUUAAGAUGACAGAUGAGAAGGGUAGAUGACGGUCAUGUCUACCCUGAAACUCUAAUUAGGAUUUCAGGAUGCAGCCGGGAGAAGCGUUGCGUUAACUACAAUCACAUGUUGUGGCAUCCUCCACUUUGAAUCUGUGUGGAGAUUCCGGUUCCCAGACUUGACCAUCCCCAGGCUUGACCAUCCCCAGGCUUGACCAUCCCGUCACUAUGGCGUCUCAGUUAGGCUUCAGAUCCCCCACUGCACCUGAUCCACUCACCUCCGAUGGAGCACUUGCCCGUGUUGCUGCCCCAGCUUCAUCCUUUUUGUUCACACUGUGGUUAUAAAGUUGUAAGGUGGAACCCUGUUGGAAUUUCAUUUACAUGACAUUUAAGCUGUUAAACCUAAAGGACCAAAGGGUGGAGUGUUCUAGCGGAUUCUCUUGAUUAAAAAGUGAUGUGUUCCUUGGGUUUCUACCUAAAUCACUGUAUUUGGGAGGUAUUGUUUUUCCCUAAAAGGCUGUAGGAAGCUCCCUCCCUCCAGCAAGAUUGUCCUGAGAGUGACAGUAAACCUUAGGGUGAUUCCAGACUGGAUUGAUCAAUGGCACAACCCAGCAUUUGCAGAGGCUCACCAAAAAAAAAAAAAAAAAAAGAAAAGAAAGAAAGAAAGAAAGAAAAAGAAAAACCGGUCAUUUUUCUGCUGGAUGCUGUUAACCAAGGUGCAAAUUUACUCUUCAGUGUUGCUGAUAUUUCUUUCUACUUUUAAUUGUCGCCAUUUUUCGUGGGUUAUUUUAAAGUGCUGUCCAUAUUAUCUCCAGGUAGCUGUAAAAUAAAUAAACUCCGUUUAAGAUACCCUUUAGUGGUACAUGUCAGUUGUAUGCGAUUGCAGGGCCAAAUGUCAUUUUUCUGGCUGAGGGAAACCAAGGGAGUUUGGGUACAGAGGAUAUCAACUUGUCAAUUUUCCAAAUAUUUUGUGCUUAAGCUCGAUUCUUCUGGCCUUGUGUUUUUCUGCAUGAGCACAUAUCAGUCAUUGGGUCCUGUCCCCAAGGAGCUUAUAGAGGGAGAGAUGUUCUAGGGAAGAAAACCUGGUUGGCCUGUUUGUUUAAUAGUAGAGAACAUUUUCGUUAUUCUCUCGUGCGUUUACUUCUCCGUCUUUUUCUAAUACUGUUCUCUGUCAUCCUGGAUGAGGAAGCACUUGUGGGAGCAGGGCUCACACAGCAGGGGGUGUAACAGAUGUUUGCACUUGGCUCAGUAUGUUAUGAAUGUGGCACAGUAAAUAACGUUUGUGUACAAAAUAUUAAGUUUAUUUCUAUGAGAGCAAUUAUGUUCAGGAUAUAUAAAAUGUAUCUAAUUAAACCAUUACGAAUCUAUUUUGUGCUCUAGAAAUGUUCUUUUGGGAGGGGGGGAUGUGUCAGUAGUGCUAAAAGUAAAACGCUGAUGUGCGUUCAUGGGUUUAGUUUGCUUUCCCAAAUGCUCCAUGGCUUUUGGGAAAGACUCCAUUUCACACCAGGACUCUAUCUUAAUUGGGUUUAGUUUUUGUAAACAUUUAUACUUUGAAAGUUGUGUGCUGUGUGGCUCUUUCUCUGAAGCAGAAACUGACUUUAUUAACAUCAUCUUUGUAACUCCGCCCAUUAUGGAGAUGUGGAUCCUUUCUGUAUUGGCUCCUUUUAAAGAGAGAGCGGCAAACCGCAUUGGAUGGAUUUGGCUUCAUUCUUCUAACCUGGGAUUUAAAGGAUGAAUGGAUGCUGUGAUGAAGAAACAUGCCCGACAUCCUAAGUAGAUCAGGCCCUUGGGAUAGACAGACAGACAGCUGCCAGACGCCUCGGCUGGAAGAGGUGUCAUACUCUUGAAUUGGCUCUUCAAAAGGACAAACUUGUCUCUCUAGCCUCUGGUCCUUCCACAACGGAAACAUGUUGGAUGCCAUGUCAUUGUGUGUGAAAUGGGCCAUAUUUAUGUGUAAUUUCAGUCAUUCGGGUUAGAAACUAUUCCAUUCACUUUCCUCGUGGACACUAUUAAUUCUUCAUGAGUUAAAAGUUUCCUUAUACACACAUAUAUUGUUGUUAUUUUCCAAACUGAUAGAAAAAAAAGAUAACCAAAAGUUUUGGUUUCCAUAAAUUUUGCUUCUAUCUUUACCUUCCUUCCCAAAAUGAGUUAGUUGUAAAGAAAAGGAUAUUAAAAUUUUUGGUAAAAUAAAGUGGAAUCCUA